AAUGGAGCCCCAUUGUUCUCCUGGAGUGUUCCCUAUACGGUAUAAAUGAAUCCCCUCCAGCUCGGGGACAAAACUUGCUGGCUCCCCCCCUUCUCCUCACCUAGGGCUCAGGGGGGCGACCACUUGACCCUGGUAACUGCGGGACGUAGCCCAGGUGAAGUGUGCUUGGCUCUGAGGCUGCUUUCCCCAACGCUCCUCCCAUCUUCUUCCUGGUCCCUCCCCUUCUCCGCGCUGCCUCCACCCAUUUCAGGUUCUGUCCCCUGUGUUGGAGGCGAAGCUCCCUCAGUCUCCCUCCCACCUUUUCCCUCUUGGCCUCGGCAAUAACUACUAGAGGGCUGUGCUGUCUCUCGUCCGCGCGGCUUGUGGGAGUGGGCGAGCCCCGGCAGCUUUGGAGGACGACGCGAUAAACUCGGUGCCAACUGCCACCAUCCUAUACCUCCACCUUCCGCUCGGUGCCUGUCUCUCAGAGGGUGAAAGCAAGCGAGACAGUGGCACUGGUUCUCUAUAGCAAUUGCGGCUACAGGGGAGGUAGCGACCUCCGCAGCCAAGCCGGGAGUGAGCUUGGGGGCUGCGGGGCUGCUGGCUGGGGGCUGCCGGCUGCCAGUCCCAAGGGGCCGCGGCAGCUGGGCGGGGUAGCCAGAUUCAGAAGCCGAGACCGGGAGCUCAGCCGGUGGCUGUGGAUCACCAGGACAGACAGCUCGUUUCCUCAUCUCCUGGGAUCUCCUUGACCACACUCUGUGGCUGAUUGACCUGGCACCUGGACCCACCCACCUAGAACCUCAGGAAAGUCUCCUUUGUGGACUGGUCUCACAUCAGAGGCUUUAUUUGUAGUCUGAGCCAUUGGAGAAAAUGAUGUGAUAGAGUCCAUACUGAAGCUCUUUUUGGAAAAGUGCCCACUUAUCCUGAAAAGAAAGUGGCUUUUUUUCUUGCCUUGCAGAACAGACAGUUUCCAAUUCAAAGAUGCCGGCCAAGACACCGAUUUACCUGAAAGCGGCCAAUAACAAAAAGGGAAAGAAAUUUAAACUGAGGGACAUUUUGUCUCCAGAUAUGAUCAGUCCUCCACUAGGGGAUUUUCGACACACAAUUCACAUUGGAAAAGAGGGACAGCAUGAUGUGUUUGGGGAUAUUUCAUUUCUUCAAGGGAAUUAUGAGCUGUUACCUGGGAACCAGGAGAAAAUGAGGAUUGGGCAGCUCCCUGGGCAUAGCGAGUUCCUAAGGGCAAACAGCACCUCUGACUCCAUGUUUUCAGAGACACCUUCUCCAGUGCUCAAAAAUGCCAUCUCACUUCCUGCCAUUGGUGGUUCCCAAGCUCUUAUGUUGCCGUUAUUAUCCCCUGUGACAUUUAAUACCAAACAGGAUUCCUUUGGGCCCUCGAAGCUCCCAAGGCUUAGUUGUGAGCCAGUCAUUGAAGAAAAAACUCAGGAGAAAACCAACCACUUGGAGAAUGGGACUGUGCACCCUGAGGACGCCCCGUGGAAAGGCAAUGGUACAGCAUCCCACUACAGUAAUGGAAGAGACAGCCACUCAUCCAGUCUCUCCGAACAGUAUAGUGACUGGCAAACAGAAGAAAUGUUGGACAGUUCUGUUCCAUGUGAACUCAUCAAGGAGAAGACAAACUCAGAAGAAUCCCUCUCUGAGCUCACGGGCUCCCUGCUCUCCUUGCAGCUGGACCUUGGACCUUCACUUUUAGAUGAGGUUCUUAAUGUCAUGGAUAAAAAUAAGUUAUAGGACCGCAGGCACAUUGUUGAUGGUACUGAGAAGCCAAAACCAACCCCAGCUGAAGGAAAUGUACUAAGAGCUUCACUAGUUGUAUUUGGAGUUAUGCAACAGGUUUUCUAAAAAUAAGUGUUCCAAAAAAAUAUUUUUUUACCUGUUAUAUUGUUUACUGUUUGAUAUGCUCAGAGCUCUCCUUGCAAAACAGAGGAAAUGAGUCAGAAUCAGUUUUCUGCAGGCAUUCUUGAUGAGCAGAUCAAGAGUUUGCUCGUCAAUACGCAGGGAAUCUGGUUGGGGAUGGCAUUUGGGAAGACUGCCUGCCUCCAUCAUCAGAAGGAACUUUGCAAUAUUCUGAAGUUCUCCGAAUGUUAUCAGAGAAGUGGCAUAGGGAGGGAAGAAGGAAGAUUAAUUCUUUCCCUCUUAUUUAACAUCUAAACCUUUUUCUCAGUAUAAACAGUUUUCUAAGAAUUAUAUCUGUUUGGGCUGCACCACACUGUAGCUAGGCCUUCAGUGUUAAACUAUUUGUAUGGUUUCAUAUUUGAACAACUUUAUGGGGUUGGGAUUUUUUUUUCUUUGCAGUUCAUAUAUCCCUAUAUAUUCUAUAUCUCAAAUUUUUGGACCGUCAAAUACAUGUUGGGAAGAUGACUCAAGCAAAGUAUUAAUGUAACUAAAUUAUUUUUAAAUUUAAAAUAUAUUUUUAUGUGCCUUUGGCUUUUUAUUGCAGAGUCUACAUUUUAUAGGAAUUGCAUCCAAAAGUCAUUGCUUGCCUCAUUUCUGUUGGGGGAGGGGGGGUCCAUUGUAAACUGUGUAUGUGUGUGCGUGUGUGUUUUGAGAAGAUAUAUUAAUACUUAGCAUUAUUUUUGUUUCUUCAUCUAUUAUCACAUAAGCGCAUAGCACUGCAAGCAGCAGGAUUGUAAAGUUAAAAAAGGCACUGGUUAUAUUCACUGAUGCUUCUACGGAGACUGAGCUGCCCCACUGAAUGUCUGGGGAAAUGUGGCUCUUGAUACAAUACUUGCAUUAAUUACAUAGGUAUUUCAUGCAACACAAUAAAAAGUAAAUGUUCAAAUGA